GCUGUUGCCACACGUGCUGACACUGUGUUCUGCCCUGCAGAUUCGGAGAACAGCUACACGCUGAGCUGUGGCGUUCCCGUCCAGCAAGGCAAGGCUCAGCAGAAACGCAACGCAACCCUGCCCAGCUGCGCAGAUUCAUUAGCCCCUCCAAUCAAGCAGAAAGCUCGUUUUAAAAUUAAGGAUGCAAAGUGCCAUUUACGGCCUCGCAGCAAGGAAAAAACAAAAGAUUCUGGGAAGCAAGCUGGUUUAGGAGGUCAAUUCCCUUGUACAGACAACUGCCAGGUGACCUUUGUGAAUCUCAAGUGUGAUUCCUCCAAGAAAAAACGUCGAGGCCGUAAGUCUCCAUCGAAAGAGGUAUCCCAUAUCACUGCGGAGUUUGAAGUGGAGAUGAAGUCAGAAGAAGUCUCAGACACCUGUAACAUUGACUGUGUUCGGAAAAGGAUGGAGCAGAAGCUGCAAACUGCAAUCAAAACAUUGAGGAAAUCUAUUAAUAAACAGCAAUUUUACAUUCAGUUUUCUGGGACAGAAUAUGAAGUGGCUCAGAAGCCAGCUAAGGCUACUGAAGGGCAUGAAGCUUGCAGUACAGGGCAAGUGCUGCAGGGUGGAAAAUGCGUUACCUGCAGCAUGGGCACCUUUUAUAGCGGAGAACAUAAUCAGUGCGUUCCUUGCUCACCGGGAACAUACCAAGACACAGAAGGUCAACUUACCUGUGAGCCCUGCCCAAGUAACGAUGGACAGGGCAUAGCGGGCGCCCGGAAUGUGUCAGAAUGUGGAGGGCAGUGUUCUCCUGGGCACUAUUCCUCAGAUGGUUUUAAACCUUGUAGAGUCUGUCCUCUUGGUACAUACCAGCCUGAACCAGGAAGGACCCUCUGCUUUCCAUGUGGUGGUGGGCUUGUGACCAAGUACGAAGGUGCUGUUUCCUUUCAAGACUGCGAAACCAAAGUUCACUGUUCUCCUGGGCACUACUACAACUCCACAACACACAGAUGUAUCCGAUGUCCUGUGGGAACAUACCAGCCUGAGUUCGGUCAAAACUACUGCAUCACUUGCCCUGGGAACACAAGUACAGACUUUGAUGGGUCCACUAAUGUUACACACUGCAAAAACCAGCACUGUGGAGGAGAACUUGGUGAUUAUACUGGCUACAUUGAAUCACCCAACUAUCCUGGAGACUACCCAGCUAAUGUUGAAUGCAUUUGGAAUAUAAACCCACCCCCAAAGAGGAGAAUACUCAUCGUAGUACCCGAGAUAUUUCUCCCAAUUGAAGAUGAAUGUGGUGACGUUUUAGUAAUGAGAAAAAGUGCUUCUCCUACUUCGAUUACUACAUAUGAAACGUGUCAGACUUACGAGAGACCUAUUGCAUUUACCUCAAGAUCGAGGAAACUCUGGAUUCAGUUCAAGUCAAAUGAAGGAAACAGUGGCAAAGGGUUUCAGGUCCCCUACGUGACUUACGAUGAGGAUUACCAACAACUAAUAGAAGACAUUGUUCGAGAUGGACGAUUAUAUGCAUCAGAAAAUCAUCAAGAAAUUCUAAAGGACAAGAAACUGAUUAAAGCUCUCUUUGAUGUACUGGCACACCCACAAAACUAUUUCAAGUACACAGCACAAGAGUCGAAAGAGAUGUUUCCAAGAUCAUUUAUAAAGCUACUGCGAUCAAAAGUUUCCAGAUUUCUACGACCAUACAAAUAGUCCAGUGGCAGUCAAUUUUUGGUUAUUUUGCAUUCCUGUCAAAUAUUGUCUUUUCUCCAUAGUAGAAACAUUUCCUAAUUUGAAGGCUCUUUUUUGCAGUCUUUGUUUUCAAUUUUAUAUUGAAGAAUACCUAUAAUAUUUUACAAGUG